GGUCGACCUGUUCAUCAUCGUUUGCGGCCUCGCGGAGGUCGUGAUGUCGGAGGCCAGGGGCAAUGUCUUCGUUGAGAACUUCAGCCUGCUCCGCGUAAUGCGCAUAGCUCGCAUUGCCCGUUUGCUGAAGCUCUUCCGACGCUUCAGCUACCUGAAAGAGCUUCGGAAGCUGCUGUCCAUGGCCACCUCCUGCAUGCGAACGUUGUGCUGGUCGUUCAUGUUCUGCUUCAUGGUAAUGACCAUUUGGGCUAUGCUCAUGGUGGACCUGGUGCAGCCGCUCAUCACGGAACUCGGAAAAGCUGGUGAGUUUGGCGACUGCGAGCAAUGUCUCCGAGCUGCCGCAUCGGUGAUGGAUGCGAACUUGUUGCUUUUCAAGACCGUGAUCGCUGGUGACAGCUGGGGCCGAAUCGCAGUGCCGGUGAUCGAGGCCUACCCCGCGACGGCGAUCAUCUUCGUGGGCUCCUUGCUGACGCUGGUCUUUGGAGUGCUUAACCUCAUCGUCGCUGUAGUGGUAGACACCUUUGCAGAAGCACGACAGAAGGAUGUCCAAAACCUGGCCGAGGAGAUGGAAACCGACAUCGAAAUGGACAAGAAAUUCCUACAGAAGAUCUUCGAUCGCGUGGAUGAAGACGGAAGUGGAGAGCUGACACUCAGUGAGCUUAUUGAAGGGGCCAGGAAGGAUACUGAGUUCCAGAGCCGCCUCCGUGUCAUGGAUAUCGAUGAGGCUGACUUGCAGCAGCUCUUUCAGAUGAUCGACGCCGACGAUUCCGGCACUGUUGAGCGCGACGAGUUCAUCGCGCCGCUUAGCCGGUGGGUUCACGAGUCCAAGACCGCUCCUCGCUUCAUCAAGUACAACCUUAUGCGAUCCUUGCACGAGCAAGAGCAGCUGAAAAAGAUCACUGAGGCGAGAUUCGACCAGAUCAACUCGCACAUCCAAAGGAUCGCACUGAGCCUCGGCAUCCGCCUCGAGCGCGCUUCCUCAAAUAGGCCGAAAGAGAACAAGAAGUCGUCCUUGAUCCGGGCAUCGAAGGACUAUGGAAAGCGGAAGAUAUCAUCGGAUGGUGAUGAGCUACAGACGACUCUCUCCGCACCCGACGACACGGCCUCGCAAGUGUCGGACGCGUUCGACGAAACAGGCUCCCUGGGCUUCAAUACUGUGCGGCAGUCGAUGCGCAAGGAUUCACCGGUCCUCUUCCAUGCGCAGUCCACGCAAGAUUUGGAGCAGGUGGCUCCCCACGGGGUGAACACCUUGGAUUUCUCGAGCUUCAAAGAUUUGUACAAGAAGCAUCGAAUCUCGCAGAACGAGGACAGCGUCCCACUGCUCGAAGGCAAGGAGAGCUCCGCUGGCCAUCACGAGGAGGGUCCUGGCGACGAGAACCUGGACGGGGUGUUGAACUCAACCUUGCAGGUCGCUGAAAGCUUGGUCGCCGAAGCGGCCUCGGCGGCUCUCGCGAGAGCCGGCUACACUUUGCAUCUGCGGCUCAGGGCACUGAUGCACAAUGGUUCCGGCCACGACUCGCAGGAGCUCGGGGAAGGUGAAUCACUAAGUCCGCGAUGUAUCUCGGGCCACAUGGGACCAGACAUGGCGCAAAGCCUACGGCCACAAGCGGAAGCUCAGACCCCGCAUGUGGAGAGCCAGGAGCCUCAAUACAGCGACCAAGCUCAGAGCCAAGGUCCAACUUCAGGCGUAUCACAUAGACGAGUGAUACUGCCCGUUUGA